UGUGUACUAGGUUAGGGUUCGUGAUUUGCCUCGUCACUCAGUGCUGCGCGGUUCAAUGAUCUCAGAAGAUGAUGACACACGAGUGCUGAUAAUAAAACAGUCUCACACUUCACGAAUGACACAAACAGCACACAUGAGGGCCAGAAAGAAAGCGAGCCGUGACUCCAUCGGGGUUUCUGCUCAUGGUGUGUCCAUGUUCUCCUCCGUCACUAGCUCCAUCUCUGACCUGCGUUUCCGCUUCCGAUGGCGAGCUAUCCUGGUGGGAAUCCUGCUGGGAUUGGCUGUCCUGGUGUACCUGCACCAAACUCCGUCGAGCUCCACCGAUGGCAAAGGUAGCAGCAAGCGCUCGUGGCGUUCCAUCCGGGACGUAUCAGGCAUGAUGGCAUCGGCCGAAUCCGUGGAUUCACGUUAUAACCACACGUAUCCGCUCAGUCCUCCGGAACACAUGGCCAGUGGGAUCCGCUACCGGAUUGGAGUCAUAGCAGACCUGGACACAAACUCACGCAGACAGGAGGACAACACAUGGUUCAGCUUCCUGAAACAAGGACACCUGCUGGUGUCCGACAGCGGGGACAGUGUGUCCGUGGAGUGGGAUCCGGAGACGGUGGUUCUGGAGAGUCAUCUGUCGGAGAAGGGUCGUGGGAUGGAGCUGUCCGAGCUGGUGGCGUUUAACGGGCACCUGUACAGCGUGGACGACCGUACGGGUGUGGUGUACCGGAUAGAGGGCAACCGAGCCGUGCCUUGGGUCAUCCUGCCGGACGGAGACGGAAAUGUGUCUAAAGGUUUUAAGGCGGAGUGGUUGGCGGUGAAGGACGAGCGUCUGUAUGUCGGUGGUCUCGGGAAAGAGUGGACGACCAUCACCGGAGAGUUCGUCAAUAAUAACCCCGAGUGGGUGAAGAUAGUCGGGUUUCGUGGUGAUGUGGAGCACGAGAACUGGGUACCGCGGUAUAACGCACUCAAGAUAGCAGCAGAUAUCAAACCACCAGGAUAUCUGAUCCACGAGUCGGCCGUGUGGAGCGAGCGUCUCCAGCGCUGGUUCUUCCUCCCUCGCCGAGCGAGCUCCGAACGCUACGAGGAAGCGGCAGACGAGCGCCGAGGCACAAACCUGAUCCUGAGCUGCUCGCCGGACUACAGUGAGAUCUCAGCCUCACGCAUCGGGACGCUCAAACCCACGCUCGGCUUCUCCUCCUUCAGAUUCAUCCCAGACACAGACGACCAGAUCAUACUGGCGCUCAAAUCAGAGGAGGACGCGGGACGAAUCGCCACGUACAUCACGGCCUUCACGCUGGACGGACGAAUCCUGCUGCCCGACACCAAGAUCGGAGACGUCAAAUAUGAAGGACUGGAGUUCAUAUAGACGACACGGCCAUACACUGGCCAGAAUAUUUCCAGACACAUGCAGACGGCCGUCCUCAAUGCGGGACCAGACACAGAAAACAUCACUACAGCGGACUUCAGGAGACUGAAGCAACGGGAAACAGAUGCAAUAAUAGAGGAAACAGGCUUUCUGCGGGUCCUAUUUCACGUUUUCACAAACUAAGGCUUUAAAAUAAAGUCGUGGCAUUAAAUGCUGCAUGCACUGCAACAAAUGAACAUUUUCCAGCACAGAUAGAUUAACGUAAUGCUGCAUUUAGGUGACCCUGGAGCACAAAACGAGUCAUAAUUUUUCAAAAUUGAGAUUUAUGCAUCAUCUCUCCAUUGAUGUGUGUUGUUUUUUUCGGAGGACAAUAUUUGUCUGAGAUACAACUAUUUGAAAAUCUGGAAUCUGAGGGAUGCAAAAAAAUCUAAAUAUUGAGAAAAUCAUCUGUAAAGUUGUUCAAAUUAAUUCUUAGCAAUGAAUAUUACUUAUCAAAAAAUAAGUUUUGAUAUAUUUAUGGUAGGAAAUGUACUAAAUAUCUUCACGGAACAUGAUCUUUACUUAAUAUCCUAAUGAUUUUUGGCUUAAAAGAGAAAUUUAUAAUUGUGACCCUUAUAUUGCAGAAAGCCUGUGUAAUAAAUACAUAAAUGUGUACUUUGAGAAACGCACAAAUGAGAAGUAAAAAUGAUUAGCCUUUAUUAAAAACAACAACAGCUCAAAACUUUAUUUUUUAAGUGUACAAUCUACACUGGAUAUGUUUAUAUAAUAUGUCUUUGAUUUGUGUAAUUGAUUAAAAAAAAUAACAAGAUGUGCAUAUUGAAAUGAAUGCAAAUAAAGAUUUAUUAUUCAUUUGAAA